AUGACUGAAGAAUGGCCGACCGUAAAUUGGCUUAAAUUAUUCAACGGAUCAACCAUCACGCAUACUUAUUUCACUAAUCAAUCGAUUGUUACGAUAAAAAAUCUUGAUUAUUUAAGAAAUUUACUACAAUUGCUGAAAGAAACUCCGAAAAGAAAAACUGUCGAGUAUUGGGCUCCAUUCGUUCCUUCCAUCAAUCUAUCAAAACUCGAACUAACGUAUAAAAAAAUAAAUGAUCCAAGUUACAUUCAUCAAGGUCACAAUUGUUUUAAUAAUAUUCAAACGCAAUUACCAGAUCUGGUGUAUGCAAUUUACCUUCGCAAUAAUCCAAUGGACCAGAAAAUCAGAAGCAGAGUACAUCAGAUUGCUUUGGAUUUGAAAAAUACAUUGUUGGAUAUUUUCAACAAAACAGAAUGGUUAGAUACUAAAACCAGAGAUCAAUUAAUUAAAGGGAUUAAUUCUUUUAGAAUAAUUGUUGGAUAUCCUGAUGAACUGAUGGAUGAUCAAAAAUUGAUAGAGUAUUAUCGAGAACUUAUUAUAACUCAGGAUAAUUUUAUUGGAAAUCUUUUAAUAAGUAUUGCUAAUUUUGGUGUUGAUAAAUUAUGGAACGACGCCAUAGAACGACGCCCGAAGAAUCUUGCUGCCUACUCAUUAGAUCAUCAUACUUUAAGUCCUUUAGUAAUGGAAAAAAUUAUUUUUAACCCAAAUCGUCCACAUUACGUUAAUUAUGCUAUAAUCGGAUUCCUUUUAAGUCACGAAAUAAGUCAUGCUAUUUAUAACAUUCAUAGAAUGUUUACCAAUAACAGGACGAUAGAAAACGGAUGGAGUUUUACAUCUAAUCAAAAAUUUAACACUACUAAAACCUGUUUGAUUGAUCAGUACGGAAGUUUUUUAAUAGAAGGGACUAACCAAACGCUUAACGGUACUUUACUAUUUUUGGAGAAUUCAGCUGACAAUAUUGGGAUUCCAUUAGCCUAUUUGGCUUAUCAAAAUUGGAAGAAAAACCAUGCUGCAGAGAUAACUUUUCCAACGUUACCAUACAAUUCAAAUCAACUGUUUUGA